GUGGUUUCGAAUGUUAUUGGCUAAGUUUCAUCUUGCAUCUUAGAACAGCUUCCUACUCAACAAGACCACUAAAAAAAGGCUGGGCCUCAAAAGUGGAAGGAUGCCAGCCUUCAUUUAGAAAUUCAGGAUUCCAAUUAUAAAACCAUCUGGUUCUGCGCUGUGCCUUCAUUGACAGAAAGUCACAAGACAAGUCAGACCUGUUGCUAUCAGAUUUUAGAAUUGAACCAGUUACCACACUGAGGUUAAACUAAUUCUACAGAGAGCACAGUCACCAUCAGCACUGAAUCAGUGAAGAAAACAUUUCUGGAACAAAAAAUGCAGUGGUUUAUUUUGUUCUUCAUUGCAACUGUUCUGUCGUUUAUUCUCUAUCACGUACGGAGAAGGAAGAGGUUACCAAAUGAACCACCUCUAGAUAAAGGCUUAAUUCCCUGGCUGGGACAUGUCCUUGAGUUUGGGAGAGAUAGUGCCAAAUUUUUAUUGAAAAUGAAGACAAAAUAUGGAGACAUUUUCACAGUUCGAUUGGCGGGGCGAUACAUAACUUUCCUAUUUGACCCUCAUUCAUUCGAUAUAGUUGUAUCUGAAUCCAGCGCAAAGCUGGACUUUACAAAGUAUUCAUUGACUUUAAUGGAUAAAAUCUUCAAUGUUCAGCUUCCUGACUAUGAUCACAAUGAAGAGAAAGCUUUGAUGAAAACGCAACUCCAAGGAAAAAACCUUUCUUCACUCACACAGGCGAUGCUGUCUAAUCUUAAAACAUUGCUGCUGUCAGACGAAAAUAGCAGAACGUACACCUGGAAACAGGAAGGGCUAUUCAACUUCUGUUACGAUGCAAUGUUCAGGGCAGGAUAUCUCACACUGUAUGGAAAUGAAGCUACACAAAAUUAUGGAGAAACAUCCAAAAUUAAAGAUAACAUUAAUUCAUCAGAAGUCUAUAAUGUAUACAAGAGACUAGACCAACUCUUGAUGAAAAUAGUCCGCUCCAUGUUAUCUGCAGAUGAGAAGAGAGAGGCUACAUUGGUAAAAGAGCAUCUUUGGCAGUUGUUGUCUGUGGAGAAUUUAAGUUCAAGAGUGAACAGAAGCAGCUGGAUUCAAAGUUACUGCAGCCACCUGCAGAAGCUAGGCUUACACAAGGACAUGCAGGCCCGAGCAAUGGUACUACAACUGUGGGCCACACAGGGUAAUAAUGGACCUGCAGCAUUUUGGCUACUACUAUUCCUGCUAAAACAUCCAGAAGCAAAGUAUGCAGUCGAGGAGGAAAUGAAGAAAACCUGUUUUAACCAGACAAUGUGCAAUGUUAGUCAGGAUGCACUCAACAAUACACCUAUUUUUGACAGUGUUUUAAAUGAGACUCUGCGACUGACAGCAGCACCAUUUAUUACCAGAGAAGUUCUUCAGAAUAUGUCAUUGCAGCUUGCAGAUGGCAGAAAAUAUCACCUCCGAAUGGGAGACAGACUCUGCCUCUUUCCUUAUUUAAGUCCCCAGAUGGACCCAGAAAUCUAUGAAGAGCAUGAGAAAUUUAAGUAUGACCGGUUCUUGCAUCAAGAUGGAACAAAGAAAACUAAUUUCUUCAAGUGUGGGAAGCAGUUGAAGCAUUAUAUUUUGCCCUGGGGUGCAGGGACUAAUGUUUGCAUUGGACGACCCUUUGCAAUAAAUAGCCUAAAAAUGUUUGUUUUUAUGAUGUUAAGCUGUUUUGAUUUUGAACUUUCUGAUCCAAAAACAAAAGUUCCAGCCUUUGACACAUCCAGAUAUGGAUUUGGAAUGCUGCAGCCUGAAAAUGAUGUUAUGUUUCGUUAUAAAUUCAAGGUUGAAUAGCCCAAGCCAACACAUACCAGAAUUCUCAAGCAUUCCAGGGAACUUUGGCAUGCUGCUUUUGUAGCUAGAACAGUACAAUAUUUAUGUGUGUUACGUCCUGGAUCUCAGUUCAAAAAAAAUGAUUGGCCUUGACUCACUGCACAGUCCACAAGAUCCAGGAUUUUCCUUCCAGGUCAUCCAAGCAUCCAACAAACUGCACUCAAAGGCAUCUAACUGAAGCAGUAGCAUACAAUGGGAUGAAUUGCAUGGCUGGAUGCCACUUCCAUGAACUUUAUUGGUACACAUGUGUCCCAUAAAGAGCACACAGAAGCAGGCUUUCACAACAUGUAUAAUGUCUGAUUUGUCACAUUAAAGGAGACCUGUCUGAGUGGGCCCCAGAUCAAGAAAACCAGACGUGGGAAUCAGUUUCGGAUAGUUCACUUUAACGUAAAAACUUGCUCCAUGUGGUAACUCCCUCUCAUGCCUCCUAGCACAACAAUCAAACCAACACCUCCUGAUUGCAGUCCUAAGUACUCCACCUUCCAAUCACAAUCUCUACCCCUGAUGCCUUGAUCCAAUCUUCUCACCGACUGAUUCCUCAUCACUUCCCUGCUGAAUUUCUCUCCUUCAUUUGCCCCAUCCUCCUGUGACCUGUAACCCAUGAACCAUGCACAAGACUUGUAUGGCAGCGUGCACAGAGCAAACACAUCCCAAUAUGUCAGCCAGCUGUUCUAUCAUCCAUGAUGCAAUGGCCUUCAGUUGCAAUAAGUUUUUGAAGUGGCUGGUCUGAACAAAAAUAUUAAUUGGGCCUUACAAUACAUGUUUUCAGAUAUUGAAGCUCUAUCCCUUCUAUGUUCAGUAUUAGUUUUCUUUCUAAAAAAGUGUUAUCAAUGGAGUGGAGUUGUGAAGUGACCUUUGUGUAAAAAUGUUCAUUUUAUUCAGAAUGGAAAUAACAUGUGCAAGAAAAUAUUUUUUUUGAACAAUCUAUUUUCUGUGAGGACAAUAUGGAUUGACUAAAAAGGAGUCCAAAAUACUUCCAAAUAGUUUUGGCUGUUUUUUUAAUAUUUAAAAUAUUAGGAAAAUUGCAAAGGUCUUCAUGACAAUUACAAACACUGUGAAGUGAACUACAAAGAACAUAUUCAACACAACCUCUAACUGUUGUUGUGCACCAUUGACAUAUGUUGCUGAAGAGACCAUUUCAAAGAGCUCUUCAUUAAUAUAAAGAUCAAAUACAACAUGAAAUAACUGUGAGUAAAUAAUUCAUAUUUUAUUGCGCUAUACGAACAAGUAUCACUCACUUAGAACUCCUUGCAAUGUCAGUUCACUAGCAUGUGUCAUUUAAUUCUACAUUACAGAUAAUCUGUGUGAUUUACAAAAAGCUGCAUUUAAUUGGAAUGCCUGACAAAUUCAAGUGACAUUCACCAAGGCAACUCCCUGCAGUGCAUCUGCCUGCUGACAUUGAUGUUUCCAGAUCAGCAGCAUGCUGCGUUCUUUUUCUUGUCCAGCUGCUAUCUUACUUCUUUUGUAAAGUAAUUAUCCAAGAAAACAGGAAAAUAAUUAAGCAUGAUUUAUCAUCAGUCUAAAUAUAUACUUCACUGAAAAGUAAGCAUUUUUUUAAAAUCAAAGGAAUGCAUUUACUUUCUUGUUCACACACUGCAAUUUUAAAAAGAAUGAAUGAAUCCAUUUCUGGAAUUACCUUCAUAUUUUGUCUCAAAUUUUUCCUCCAUUGGGUUGUAGUUUUUUUUAAUAAAUUGACACAAAAUAUAAAUAAAAUUAAGGAUAUGGAAAGACAAGUUUAUGGGUUGCAGUUGAAUCAAAAAGAGAAUGUAUUUGGAACACUAAUUUAGAAAAUAUGUGUCACACUAUUGAACUGAAUGGUAUAUAUGGGCUUUGGAUAUUGUUUUAAUUAUUUAUCCUGUGGGACCUUGCUUUUGGCAAAUUGUCCAUUUUCCUACAUUACAUCACUGACUUCAUUCCUAAAGAACUUAAUUGGCUGUAAAGCACUUUAGGCUCUUCUGAGGUCAUGGAAAAUGCUUUAUCAAUUCAAGUCAUUCUUUUAACAGAUAGAGUCAUGUUUUCAUUUAGGAAUGCAAUGAAAGCAGUAUUAAACCAGAUGGAUAUUUAUCAGUGAUAUAUUCAGUUACUAUUUCAUUCAAGCUAUUUAAAUAUUGAUUUUAUAUAUGUAAUUUUAUUUAUAGAUUUUAUCGAGCAUUUAGGAGUAAGGAUGGAAGGAUAGAAUUUUAACCAUAGAUAUCACAUUGAUUUGGGUUCAGGAGGAUUCAUAAAAUUGAUAAAGGAUUGCCAAUCAAACAAGAUGAAGUUCAAGUUUAGCUUAACAGAUUUCUUUGUAUGUGGAGACCCUCCUCAGCAGAUGCAGAUACCUGCUUCUAAUAUUUAAAUGAGACUAUUUGAUGAAGAUUUUCACUGAGACUUUAAAUUUAACAAGAUAUGUUUGAGUUCCCUGGGCUUUGUGAAACUUACCAUUGAAACAUAGAGUGAAAUAAUUCAUGGGGCUUACUAUAGUCAAGCAAAUGAACAUCAACAAAUACUCAGUGUACAUGGCUGUUUACUGACCUCCCAUUGGGAAAGGAUUUGCUAAGACUACUUGAAUUGAGAGGGUAAUUUAUGCUUUGGCGAUAUUGAGAUACAAGUAUAGGUGAGUAAGAACUCACUACAUUGCAAAUGUCUGUUCACCCAGCAGGCAGGAUAGUUACUGUUGAGUCCGGUGUCAGACCUGCCAGCCCUACAUCUGUUUCAGCAUGUAUUGGUUGAAAAUAUUUUUGAUGAUAUUUUCUAACUUUUCAACAACAUAGCCAAGCAUUAAGUAGGCAUUUGUACUUAUUUUGUUUCUAUUUAGUGCCGCUGUAUUUAAUAUGUCUAUUUUAUUUUCAGUUACUGUGAUGAGGCAAAAUUUACUGUUCAGAAAGUGGUUGAGGAUUCAAUAAGUACAGUCCACAUCAGUAUGUUGGCAAAAGCCUAUUGAGAAUAACAUUUAUGCAAGAGAGUAGAUUUUGGCAGUGCAGUUAAUGAGUAAUUUAUGCUUUCAAGUGUUAUUAACAUAUACAUUGCUAUCUUAAAUAUUGGUGUAGGGAGAGUUAGUGAACUGUGUAAAGUAUGACUGUGUUGGUGAGAGUUGGUGAACUGUGUAAAGAAUUCUCUAAAGUAUGAAAGUGUGGAAAUCAAGAUAUAUCAGGAGGUUAUGGAAAUAUGACUUGAGUAUUGAAAAUCUGUACACUGGAUGAAGAAACAACAAGUUCUCAAGUGUAAUCAUUUUUAUUACCUUCAUGAAAAAUGUUUCUGUUCAUUACUUAAAUUGUUUAUAUAAUAAUAAAUAACUUGGAAUAUCAAAUCUUGUAUGUUAAGAAUAUUAUCAGAAUAUAUAAAUAAUUUGAGAUAUAGUAGUAAAUAAUUUAUGUUUAGGAUUUACAAGAAAUAAAA